AUGAAGACAUUUAAGUGGAGGUGGAGCAGCAUCUCCAUCAGGGCACGGUCCCAGCUGAAAGGCACUUUGGCCCUUCUCCUCGUGGGCAAUGUUGCCUUUGUGAUAGCUCAGGACCUGACACAGACCUCCAACAGCCUGGAGGAAGGGGCAGAUGUCACUGCAUACUGGUGGGGAGAGUGGACCAAGUGGACAGCGUGUACCAGAACCUGUGGAGGAGGAGUCAAGUCCCAGGAGAGGCACUGCCUGCGGCAGAGAAGAAAGUCAGUGAGUGGGCUGGCUAAUAAAACUUGCACUGGAACAUCCAAAAGAUACCAGCUCUGCAAAGUACAAGAGUGCCCUGCGAACGGAAGGAGCUUUCGAGAGGAGCAGUGUUCAUCCUUCAACUCCCAUGUGUACAACGGCAGAACCUAUCAAUGGAAACCUUUAUACCCUGAUGACUAUGUUCACAUUUCUAGCAAGCCCUGUGACCUCCAUUGCACCACGGUGGAUGGUCAGAGACAGUUAAUGGUUCAGGCUCGGGAUGGAACAUCCUGCAAAUACACUGAUUUCCGAGGGGUUUGCGUGUCUGGAAAAUGUGAGCCCAUCGGCUGUGAUGGAAUUCUCUUCUCCACCCACACCUUGGAUAAGUGUGGAGUUUGCCAAGGAGAUGGCAGCAGCUGCACUCACGUCACCGGCAGCUACCGGAAAGGGAAUUCCCAGCUUGGCUAUUCCCUGGUCACUCACAUUCCUGCUGGAGCAAGGGACAUCCAGAUCGUGGAACGCAAGAAGUCUGCAGAUGUCCUGGCUGUGGCUGAUGAAGCUGGCUACUACUUCUUCAAUGGGAACUACAAAGUUGACAGCCCCAAGAACUUCAACAUUGCAGGCACGGUGUUCAAGUACCGCCGGCCCAUGGAUGUCUAUGAGACAGGCAUAGAGUACAUUGUGGCCCAAGGACCAACCAACCAAGGCUUGAACAUCAUGGUCUGGAAUCAGAACGGCAAGAACCCCUCCAUCACCUUUGAGUACACCCUCCUGAGGAAGCCCCACUCCAAAAACCUGCAGCCCAUCUACUACACCUUCUCUGAGUCAGAGAGUGAAGAAAGCAGAGAGUUUGAUGGAGAUGUGCCUUUGGGUUUCAUCCAGCACAACGCAACCUAUUUUGGGAAACUCUCCAGGGAAAGGAUGGACUUGGAGAACCAGGUGUUUGGAAGGCAGGACACCGAGGAAGAGUUAAACUUGAGCAAAGGUCAGGAAACCAAUGAGGUCUAUGAAAGAGCAGAAACAAUUGACUGUGAGCCAAAACUGAAGGGCAAACCACCCCAAGAUUCAAACGUAACCAGGUCUACUUACCAGACAGACCAUGACCAGAGAGACCUCGACCCCAGGCUGACUUCCAGGGAGUUCCUCCUGGAGAACGCCAUCACGGCCAAGCUGCUGGAGAAGACCUCAGACUCCAAGGAGCUGGUGCUCAACAUGACCAUGAACAGCAUUUUCGCCCAGGGAGACCCAAUCAACUCUGUGGGGCCACACAUUGACAGCCUCUAUGUUGACUAUGAGGACACUGAUGGCUUGGUGACCUACACCAUCAACAGCACUUACAUGGAGCUGAGCAACAGCAAAGCCACCAACAGCUCUGCAGAGACGCCCUUUCCAAAUGCCACUGUCACCAUCACCAGCCCUCAAGGGAACAGAACCCACAAAGCAAGAAACAGAUUGAAGUUGUUGAGAAAGGGCCAAGGUGUGAGUGCUGCUGACAUGUACAGGUGGAAGCUUUCCUCCCAUGAACCCUGCAGCUCUACAUGCACCACAGGAGUGAUGUCCACAUAUGCGAUGUGUGUUCGCUAUGAUGGGAUCGAAGUGGACGAUACCUACUGUGAUGCCAUGACCCGGCCCGAGCCCAUCCAUGAGUUCUGUGCUGGGAGAGAGUGCCAGCCAAGGUGGGAGACCAGCAGCUGGAGUGAGUGCUCACGGACGUGUGGGGAGGGCUACCAGUUCCGCAUCGUGCGCUGCUGGAAGAUGAUCUCCCCAGGCUUCGACAGCUCCGUCUACAGCGACCUCUGCGAGUCCGCAGACAUCACCCGGCCGGACGAGCGCAAGGUCUGCAAGAACCCAGCCUGUGGGCCCCAGUGGGAGAUGUCAGAGUGGUCAGAGUGCUCGGCGCGGUGCGGGGAGCGGAGCGUGGUGACGAGGGACAUCCGCUGCUCGGAGGAGGAGAAACUGUGCGACGCCAGCGCCCGGCCCCUGGCCGAGAAGAACUGCACCGGGCCCCCCUGCGACCGCCAGUGGACAGUCUCCGACUGGGGACCGUGCAGCGGGGGCUGCGGGCAGGGCAGGAUGAUUCGCCACGUCUACUGCAAGACCAGCGACGGGCGCGUGGUGCCCGAGUCCCAGUGCCACCUGGAGAGCAAGCCCCUGGCCAUCCACCCCUGCGGGGACAAGAACUGCCCCUCCCACUGGCUGGCACAGGACUGGGAGCGGUGCAACACGACGUGCGGCCGGGGCGUCAAGAAGAGGAUUGUGCUCUGCCUGGAGAUCGUCAACGGCAAGGUCAAGACCCGCGGCCCUGCCGACUGUGACGUGGCCAAGAAGCCUGUGGAGGAGACAACCUGUUUUGAGAGGCCCUGCUUCAAGUGGUACACCACCCCCUGGUCCGAGUGCACAAAAACCUGUGGCAUCGGCGUGAGGAUGCGGGAUGUGAAGUGCUACCAAGGCAAGGACAUCGUGCGGGGCUGUGACCCCCUGGUGAAGCCGGUGGGCAAGCAGACCUGUGACCUUCAGCCCUGCCCCACCGAGCCCCCAGAUGACAGCUGCCAAGACCAGGCAGGAACCAACUGUGCCUUGGCCAUCAAAGUCAACCUGUGCAGCCACUGGUACUACAGCAAAGCCUGCUGCCGCUCCUGCCGUGCGCCCCACUCCUAG